GUCAUCCACCCGCAUCACUGUUGCAGCGAGUUUGCAGGGGCCAAAGACUAGGAGAGGCGUUGAACCCCCCCUAUCGCCCCUAAUUUCCAUCGUCGCCGCCGACCGUCGAAUUGUCUUAACGUGCAGGAGGCAUCAUCCACACGUCCAUUCCGGCUUGCCGUGCAGUAUUCAUCAUCACAAACGAUCAGCAAUCCAGUUCCGGCUUUUCCUGACUUCACUCCUUUUAUUUCCUACUUGAACUGUUUUCUCUUUAUCCAUAUUCCUGGACUUUUGUUUUUCUUUUACUUUGCUUUUAAUUUUCCGAAACAGCCUAUCGUCUGUCCAACUGGACUCCUGCCAUUUGCCGAUACGACCUUAACCGACUCCAAUCAGUUCGCUAACAACUGCCUCGCUGGCGGUGGCGACUGAAACGAUCACUAAUUCUCACCACAUCAGCGUCAGUCACGCCGACGACUGAUUGAAUCCAUCGCCAUCCCGACGAUAUUAAAUCCAACACCCGCAAGAGUCGUUUCGUUUCUUAUCUACCGACAAAAGUAACCCCGAGACCUCAUCAUGGCUGGGGGCUACGAGAGGGUUAACGCCCACGACGAAGAAGACCACAGCAGCUCUUUUCAGCCGGACAGGAUACCGAACUCCCCGCCGCCCUCUUUCCGAUCGAGGGAAUCAUCGAUUUUUGGACGAGACCGUAACGAUGCGCGCCCAAAGGAUGUAGACACAACACUGGCCGAUGCAUUCGACAGUGCAGACGACAGCGAUGACGAUGUCGACGACACCCAGAGGCUUGUUCGUGCCACCCCGGGCACUUCGCAGGCUUCAACAUCUGCGGCUCCCUCGUCGUCCUCGUCGCAGGUCGGCGUGAACCCAACUGCUACGAGGAAUACGGCGACUCCAGGGGGCCAGCCGGCAACGGCACAGUCCCCUGCGUCUCCAUCAGGUGCGGCAGCAACGCCAUUCAGGGUCUACGGCGCUGGUAUGCAGUCGGACGGCGUAUUCUCGAAUCUAUCUGCGAAGCCUGAGCGGGGGGAGGAGAAAGAGGAACAACCACCGACAUACGAACAAGCCGCUGCCGACGCGGCGCCGCCAUAUUGGGAAACGACAAUCAUGGCGCCUGGGUUCGGAGGUGCCGACGAGGUUUACAUCGACGGGAUGCCAGUUGGCUCUUUCUUUUCAUUCGUCUGGAACGGCAUGAUCACCAUCACCUUUCAACCUCUGAUCGGCUUCCUGCUCACAUAUCUCCUUCACUCAACCCACGCAGCCAAGAACGGGUCACGGGGUGGACUUGGCAUCACUCUGAUUCAGUACGGAUUCCAGUUCAAAGCCACAACCGGGGCUGGUGCCGGCUCCAUGCACACCAGCGGAUCGUCUGAACCCGAAAACUACGCCGAACCUCCUGACCCAAAUGCGCACGACUUUGACCCUAACGCAGUUCAACAAGGCGGCGCGGCAUCUGGAGGCAGCGACAUCAGCGGAUCUGACUGGCUGGCGUAUGUGCUCAUGAUUGUUGGCUGGUUCAUUCUUAUUAGGUCUCUCAGCGACUACAUCCGGGCAAGAAGACAUGAGCAACUUGUACUGCAGAGUCCUGACAGGGGAUUGGGCGUGGCUAUUGUUGCCGAGGGGGAGACGCCAGAUCGAGCCGUUUAGGCAGUUCUCUUUUUAGUUUCUUUUUAGUCUCCUGAAGCUUGCUAUCUUUUCGUUUUUCGUUUUAAUUAUGGAUUGUCUUAGAUUCCACUACCUUUGCGACCGGAAUACUCUUCUAUAUAUAUCCUUACCAACGGCAUAAGCAGCCGAUUUCUUUUCAGCACAUCGAUAUUCGGAAUCUUAGCUAUUCCUCUCACCUGUCAUCUGAGCUGGAACACAUGUGGCUGUGUACUUCAUGUUUCACUGUCGCUGUAAUCCUAUGUGAUGGAACGCCGCCAUUGCCAUGUACAAAUUCACAUUUCUGGGCUUGUCACUUCUGUCGUCCCCUUUUUUCCGACUCAGUGAUGCAUUUAUUCUCCUCCGCGGCACCACAUUGACCAUUAUUAUUGAGGAAGCUCUCCCUUGCAAGCCCAGUGUCAGGUUAAACACGAUAUCCACGCAGCAACCAUGUGGUCUGGACUCCCCGUCUCAUCUUUUUCAUCCGUACUGCUCCAGCUACAGACGAAUACUCCGCCUCUAGUAUGAGUUGUAUUCGUACGUAGUGUUUGUUAUUAUGUUCAACAGGGUUAGCCCCCCUCGCCGCGGAGCUGUAUUCCGUGGUACCGACCGCGCAAACUUGCCGCAAGCCGGUGUAAUGUACCAGAUCAAGAAGGUUUCUGUGAGAUUUCAAGGGGAGGGGGAGAAAAAGAGUUUAUAAAAAAAAAAAGUAUUAGAAAGAGAGGGA